ACCCGCAUGGAGGGACCCUGGGUGGGCAGCUGGAGGCCUCAUCCCCGACGGGGCCCCAUCCUUGCAGAGUUUGCCACCCCGGGUCCCAAGUACUGGCUCCCUGGUUCAGUAGGUCACACAGCUCAUGAUCCCACCAAAUACAGAGCCCCCGCAUACUCAUUUAGAGGGACCAAAUGUCCCACUGAGGAAUCCUGCUCACCUGGUCCCCGCUACUUCAUUGAUCCAUUAAUCACCAAGACUGGGAAGCAGCUGGCUCCAUCAGCACAAGUGACUUCCCGUCCCAAGACCAAGAUUACGGUCACCCCUGGACCCAGUGACUACACCACACAAACUGCAAACAGAAUCGUCUACUACUCCGCACCGGUGCAUAGCAUGGUCUCCCGGCCCAAGGACUUAAAAUCCUUCCAAACACCAGGUAYGGGAACUYGGGGAAACAAACACCCUUGA